AUGCCACCCGCCUUCCCGGGCGGUGAUAAUAACGGCAACGUCUGUGGCCUCCCUCCAGGGUCCUUCCCACCGGCCGCGGAGCCGGCCAGCAUGUUCGGGCUCUGGAGGACCUUCACCGGCGUGGUUUUCUACCUCACUCUGGCUGUGGGCCUCGGGGGGCUGGUGGGGAACGGGCUGGUCCUCUGGCACCUGGGCUUCCACAUCAAGAAGGGCCCCUUCUCUGUCUACAUCCUCCAUGUGGCCACCACGGACUUCCUCUUCCUGGGCUGCCAGCUGGACUUCUCGGCCAUCCAGGCGGCCCUGGGCUCCAAGGACAGCCUCUACUUCGCCGUCACCUUUGUUGCCUUCUCUGCGGGGCUCUGGCUGCUGGCCGCCUUCAGUGCCGAGCGCUGCCUCUCCGACAUCUUCCCCGCCUGCUACCAGGGCUGCCACCCCAGACACACGUCGGGCACCGUCUGCGGCCUGAUCUGGGCCCUGACCCUGCCGGCCGUGCUGCUGCCCGCCAACGCCUGCGGCCUGCUGCGCGAGGGCGUGCGCCUGUCCACCUGCCCACGGUACCACGUGGCUAGCGUCACGUGGCUGCUGUCCGUGGCCCGCGUGGCCCGCGUGGCCGGGCUUGCACUCUUCGUCUGGGUGACGUGCUGCUCCCAGCGCCCGCGCCCUCGGUUCUAUGGCAUCUUCCUGGGCUCCGUAUUCCUGCUCUUCUUCUGCGGCCUCCCCUACAUCCUCUACUGGACCCCGCACCCCAUCCUGAACCUCCUGCUGCCUGUGUUCCUCCCGCUGGCCACCCUCCUGGCCUGUGUCCCCUGCAGCACCAGGCCGCUCAUCUACUUCGCGACGGGCCGGCAGCCGGGCAAGCGGGAGCCACUCCGGGUGGUCCUCCAGAGGGUCCUGGGGGAGGGGGCCCAGCUGGGGGCUGGGAGGCUGUCCCUGCCCAUGGGCCGCAUGUCAGGGCCGGCCAGGGUCCCCCCAACCCUUCCAGACCCUCCAGGACCAUGUGUCAUCCCAGCCCCCCCCCAGCUCACUGGCCCUGGGGACCCAAGGGCCGGGGGCAUCAGGAGAGCCGUGGUCUUGACUCCCACAUGCCCAGCCUGUGGAGUACAAGGAAGGCCUGAGGAGAAGGCCAGAGGCACAGUAGCUAAGCGGGGAGUCCCCAGGACUGGGGCGAGGAUGGGCACCCCAGCUCCCGCCUCCUUCCCCCCCUGCCACCAGCUGAGGGCUGGGGUGGAGGGGAGGCCGCCCCCCAAGGCCCACGUGGGCAGCUGGGCGGGGCCUGUCCUCGCUGAGGCCGUGCUGUGA